AUGUGGUGGUCUCAGAUUUUCCUCCUUGCACUGUGCUUCCCAUAUGUCCAGAACAGACACCUUUGUCACCCAACCAACGUGACAAUUUCUGCCGAGAAGGAUGAAUGCCCCAUCUGUGUGACCCUAACUACCUCCAUAUGCAGUGGCUACUGUCCAACCAAGGAAUCAGUGUAUAAGAGCCCUCUCCUGUCAGUUUACCAGCAUGUGUGCACUUACAAGGAGAUUCAAUAUGAGACCAUCAAUCUGCCAGGUUGCCCCCUGGGCGUUGAUUCCACCUACACCUACCCUGUGGCAGUCAGCUGUGAAUGUAACCUCUGUAAAAUGGAUUACACCGACUGCACGGUGCAGAGCAUCAAACCCGACUUCUGCAGUGCCAGGACACUGUCGUCGUGA